GCAUACCGGAAGCGCGCUUCUACUUACCGGCUCGAUAGCAUUCCCCCCACCUUCUCCGUUUUUCUUGUCUCCCUAUGGAAAACGUGGCCCCUGCUCGCCCUCCGUCCAAGAUCAGCAAGCGGCGUGCCCACGAGGUGUCAACAUCAAAAGCUGCCAUGUCUUGGUAUUGUCAUCCAGCAUAUGCAAGAUACUGGCAACAUUAUCAUCAGACAAUGGCUUGGAUGCGAAACCACCAGAUCGCCUACAGGAAGGCCGUGGCAGCGUACUUCAGUUUCCCAUGGUGCUUCCCAAAUGCAGUUGCACCCCAAAGCUCUUACAAUAAUAAUGCUGGAUAUCCUUGGUCCUCCUAUGACCAUCCCAUGGCUUGGCAGGACUCUGACUAUAGCUGUUCCCACGAUGGAAAGUCGGGAUACCCUCUGUGUGAAAGUAAUAGGACCUGGCCCCCCACGGGAGAAGACGAAGCUGUGUUGGAAGAGGAGGAAGUCAUGACAGAGUCAGAGGACGAGAUAGAAUAUGACCUGAGCAAUAUGGAAAUCACUGACGAGCUCCGCCAGUACUUUGCAGAAACGGAGAGGCACAGAGAAGAGCGACGGCGGCAGCAACAGCUGGAGGCAGAGCGCCUGGAUGAGUAUGUGUAUGCCGACCACGGCCUGUACUACAACAACCGCCGCACCAUAGAGCCCCCAAGUGAGAGGCCAGGGGAGCGGCGCCAGGCUGAGAUGAAGCGCUUGUAUGGGGAGAGUGCAGCCAAGAUCCUGGCCAUGGAGACUGCUAUGCAGCUGAGCUUUGACAAGCAUUGUGACAGAAAGCAGCCCAGGUACUGGCCUGUCAUUCCCCUGAAGUUCUGAGUCUUGGGACAGGGCUCCCAGGAGAAUGCUUCCUGAACAGUCCCCAGU